AAUCCUUCUCAUAAUGACACUGAGAACCGAAGUAGUUCUAGUGAUAUAAGUGAUAAUAGUGACAGUGAUAAUGGUAGUUGCAAUGAAGAAUCCAACGAUAGAGACCACGAUAAUAGUGAUGAUCCAGAUACCAUUAUUUCCGAUAAUAGUGAUCAGUAUAAACUUGAAAAUUCUUUGAAAAGCUUAUCAUUUCAUAGUGAGCUAACACCGUUAGAAACAACUACUUCGGUUUCAGAAGUUAGCGCAGAAACUCGGCUACCUGUGAUUAAUCAAGCAUUAAAGUUAUUGAAUGAGUCUUCAAUAGCUCCUCGAAAAUUGAGUGAUGAACGAUUCUUAUAUGACAAAGUUAUUAAAAUUUCUCAAACUCUCAAAAGCACGUUUGGGCUUGAGGUUAAUGCGUCGACAAAUUUAGAAGAUUCUGAUAGAGAUUUUUCAAAUCUGUUAGAACAAUUGAAAAAAAAAUUUGACCAUGACGAAACAACAAGAUCUGAAAAAAUACAAAUUUUAACAUUGUUCCCGAAAGAAUGGAGUGUUAGGAGAAUCUCUGAAUUUAUGAAUAUAUCAAGACAUUUGGUAAAUGUAGCAAAAAAUUUGCUUGAAACCAAAGUUUUACUGUCAAAACCUGAAUCUAAAUUAGGUACGUUAUUUGGAUUCUUUUGA